UCCACUGCGCACUGCAUCUGUCCAAUCGUAUAUGCGUCCGGCAAAGAACGAUAAAAACCUUCGAAGGCUGUACAAAACGUUUACGUGUGCAAUAUAAUAUAAUACUCAAUUAUUUUUCUUAGUUUUUUGUUCGUUUGAAAUAAUAGUUUAUAAAAAUCAUUGGAAUAUUUUCACCAGUAAUCGGUUAAAACAUCGUUAACUCGUAAUCGUUUGACCAGGCGAAACUUCGAGGACUUCCACAGUAUCGCAACACGACAGUUAAAGCCAAAAUAUAUACGAAACACGUACGUUACAGGCGAAGAAUUCACGGUGGUCCCCAUGACAAUCGGCCGUGGCUCUCGGUACCCGUGAACAGGCGAUGAAGUCAUGUUCCAAUGUUCGUCAACGAGUACAGUCGGCGCCAACGCAGGUGUCGUCUCCAGUGACACGCAAAUCGGUUACCGCGGUCAUUACCAUCACGAUCGGAUAGUAUACGUGCCGUCGUCCAAACCUAACAUGUUCGGUCUUGCGCACCACCAGUACGGCGCACCACCACCGCCACCACCGCCGCUGCCACCGCCGUCCACUGUCGGCACCGCUGUGCCAGGCGCCACCACGCACACGUGGCAGAAUACGCCAGCCCGGGCACAGAGUAGCAGUCACCACGUCUCUGCCGCCGCCGGUUCGCCGGCCAACAACAACGGUGGCGGGAUUCCCGUCGGUGGACACCCGAACGUCGUCCCGAUGUCGUCGUCACCGUCGACGGCCACCCCGCCGUUCUACCAGAACGCCGCCGCCGCCGCGGCCGCCGCAGCCAUUAUGUGGCCCAAUCCCACGGCCACCACAUUCCAGGCCCAUCACUACGACGCCGGAAUGGAUUUGCAGUUCGGAGAUGGCCGAGAAUGCGUCAACUGCGGUGCCAUCUCCACACCGCUGUGGCGUCGCGAUGGAACCGGGCACUAUCUGUGCAACGCUUGCGGGUUAUAUCACAAGAUGAACGGCAUGAACAGACCACUUGUCAAGCCUGCCAAAAGAUUGGUCGCCUUCGAGACCGCAUCCAACAGACGUCUCGGUCUGUCGUGUACGAAUUGUGGCACCCGAAUGACCACCUUGUGGAGGAGAAACAAUGACGGCGAGCCCGUGUGCAAUGCGUGCGGUCUGUAUUACAAAUUACACGGAGUCAACAGGCCACUAACAAUGAGAAAGGAUGGUAUCCAGACGAGGAAAAGGAAACCCAAGAAGCAGCCUUCAUCCUCAUCCUCUUCUUCUAACGGCUCGUCAAACGUGGAGAACCACAGACAAUCCACUUCUGCAGCUAUAGAUCUAUUAGUGAAUAAACAUCAUACAACGGUGGAAAUCAAACACGAACACAAUUACGAUUCGGCGGCGGCUGCGGCUGCCGCUGCUGUGGCCGCAGAACAUUUCCUUUUCACCGGAACAGCAGGCAGCCAUCAUCAUCCCCAAUUAAGCGGCUUCAGUUUUCCGCUUCCUCAAACUCCGGUACCGGCUCACAACUACCAACACCUGUUGAACGGGCACGUCAACAACAAAUUGAUGGCGUCCUAGAAUCCGAUUUGUAAAUAUAAACCGAAGUCUGAACAGCAGCCGCCGUCAUUGGAUUUUGUACAUAAUUAUACUUAUACAUAGUAUAGCCUAUCAUACUAUUAUCAUAUUGAUAUUAUACAAUAUAGUCAACAAGUUCGAUUUCUUAUGAUUUCUCGACUUAUUAAAAUAUACAAUAAUACUAACAAAAUUAAUAAAUUCUAAUAAACGUUGUAUAUGCCUACUGCAACACCAAAAUUAUAUGACAAAAUAAACGUGUUAGGUAUAGUAAAAAUUAUGACAUAAUGAUGCUGUAAAGUUACCGUAAACGUACACAUUAUUGGAACACUCGCAAUACAAUAUUGUAUCACGCUAUUUUCCUAUAUAACUUUGUUUAAGACUAAAAGUUAUUUGCUUAUCACGUCAAUCGUGUAUUUCUAUUGUAUUUAAAUUUUAUUGCGGUAACAGUCGUGCAUUCUAGUUUUGAGUCGACAUCCAUUUAAAAUUUAAAUGGAAUAUACGACGUAAGAACUUAUUAACGACUAGUUGUUUUGAAAUUUGUCUAGUCUUUUAAAUGUAUAUAAUAUACGCUAUAAGCAUUAAAAUUCACUGAUUUACUAAUUCAUUUAUAUUUUUUGUAUCCACUACUUUCGUUCGACGCUUAAUACUCACAAAAUUAUAUUUAUCUGUUAAAAAUUGUACAUACUAUUUUAUUAUCGGGACCUUAGAUAAUAGGUUUUUUACCAAAACAUUAGAAAUUAUUCUUGGCGUGUCCUCACUUUUAAAAUGCCAAAUUGCUAUUUUUCUCUAUGUACUUAUGUAAAUUUACUAUUAACUUAUAUGUAUUGUAUAUACUUAAUGAAAUGUAAAAAAAAAAAAUAACUAUUUUAUAAAUAUGAUAAUAUAUAUUUACGACUUAAUCAUUGUAUACAAUUAAAUGGCUAUCAUCGUAAAUUACAAUUCGUAAUGUUAUUGUUCUAGUAACAAAUACUACGAGCAUGCGGUCGGUGCAUAUCUAUCAAUUAUAAUACAACAUUAUCCCUAAAGUUAUGUAUAUUAUAUAGUAUAUCACACAAAACAUUUAUGGUAAUUAUCUAUCAAUCUCGAUGUAUUCUACUCAAAUAACACGAUGGCAAAAUGUAUGUAUUUAAUAAUAAUUAUUAAACAAUUAUAUCAAGAUCAUAAAUAAAAAAACCGUUUUCAAAUGUAUAAC